AGCUUGCAAAAGGAUAAAUAUGGAAAGCCGAAGAAAUUAACUUUGGAACAAUUGGAAACAAUACGUAAAAAUGGUGAAUUCGACGUUCCCAGUUUGCAUUUUACUGGCCAGGUCCACAAGUGGCGCCUCUCUCAACUCCUGCAAAAGGGCACCCUGCGCGCCCAUGAUUCCUUCUUAAGCGACCUGGCGUUGGCAGCACGCUUCGUAGUCGUCACAGCYCGGGCCCGCAUCUUCUCCCACUUUUUUUCUGUGGUGCAUGCAAUGCAUGCUCUGCUGAAUGCACUCAUCAGGCUGGUAGACAUGUUUAUCGGUGUGCCCGCAUUGCUGGCCCACAAUUUGGACUACAAGAUUAAGGAGGAGCGUUGCCGCUUCCUCAUAGCUGAGCUGGUGUGUCGGAUGUACAAGGCCGUUGACAAGGUGCAACAGGAUAUCAAGCGAACUCGCGAGGAGCACCAGAAGUGCUUGGCCAACGAUCACUCUGUACUGUCACGCGUGGCGCCCUGGCUUCGCUCCAAGCUGCGAAACGCAGAACAGCACAAGCUGAACAAGUGUGCCUGGUCAGCGCACGAGGAAGCACUGAAGAUGUGUAGCCAGCACAAUCUGCAGCAGACUGCCUACUUUCUGUCGCGCGAUCUGGCGUUCAUGAAGGAGCGUGAGCCAGUGCUGCUGAAAGAGCUGAAGAAUGCCAAGACACCUACGCGUAGUUUCCAAUGGGCAUGYCGUAUCUGGUCGCCACAGGCGUGGAUCAUCAGGCGCAAUUUUCAGGGACAAUCGGAUGUGAUCCCCACGGUAAUCAGCCAGCAGGCUACAUCGAUAGUCACGCCACGUUCAGAUCCUAGCCAACCUGUAUUUCUGGUUGAGAAGGAAAUGAUACGCACCACCAGCACGCGUUGGCCCUUUUGGCGUUUGUUGAAUCUGUUGCAACGCACCUGGUGCUGGACUUGGAACAUGAUGUUUUUGCUCGGAAUUCUUGUGCCCUGGUGUAGUCCCCUGGGAUUGCGGGCGCUCUUCUGCAUUAAGCCCUUUAUGCCCGACCUGGAACUGUCUCAAAUCAAUGGCACUCUGUUUCCGCGCAAAACCAGCAUCACCCAGACUCUAGCUUCGCGGCUAAUCGAACUCUGGCGACACAUAUCAAAAUCGCGCACUCAUUUYGAAACUGAACCUGACACAGGUUUCAUUGGCAAGGGCUUGACACGCAAUUUGAACCGCACUUGGAAUUACUUCGUGAAAGGAUUUCUGGGCACUAUUGUAAUUCUAUUCGCAUUCCCGAUAAUAUGCCUGGCGACCUGUUUGCUCAGCAUUGGUUUGGCAUUGAGUGCACCUCUGUGGAUUCCAGUGUUUGUGCUCCUGUUGCACACCUACAUGAUAUUAAUUUAUGACCUCGAUGCACCGGACAACACUAGAAAUCGUUACUGCAUUCUGCUGRAGGUGCUCAUAUGGAACUUUUUGAUCCAGGGCCUGCUCCAGCCGCUGGUGGCGAUUUUGGUGGCYACGUUGCUUUGCCCGCUCGCGGCAGGUGUCGUUUUAAUAGUUGGGGUUGUGCGUUAUACACUGCGGCUGCUCUGGGAUUCUGUUACGUUCCAUUUGUUCAUCAAAAAGUGCGGACGUGUGCCCGCAUCGGAUAGCAUUGCUGUAAAGCGGAUCGCUGGGCCCGGGUUGGCCUUGGAYUAUUACUUUAUCAUACGGCCGGAACAGGCGUUGGCAGCACUAGAGGCUAAAAUGGAACUGGACGAACUGCAGGCCUAUCAGCAUGCUACCGAGCGUGUAAUAUUACAGCCACAGCAGGAUUUUCUGCAAUUUGUCGAAGCCUGUUUUGGUCCAUUUUCCGCUCAGUUGUCGAAAACUGGUCCAUAUUUAGCGCUCGAUCGCGAGGCCCAAGACCUAAUGAGCUCGCUGCAUGAAAAGCUGGAGAAACGGCGYAGAGAGCUKCAAACCAGUCUCAGCUCUCAGGUCAAGUCGCGKAUUAAGCUGAACACCAAAGAAUUGAAGAUUGUCAUACAACUGGCCGCCCAUUUACUCGAAAAAUACUAUCCGUCUCAUGUAGUUGGUAGGCUGUCGAUUAGUGAAGAAGAAUUUUGGGACAACAAAGGUCUCUCGGUUAACGACUGGCCAGGUCUCGCGGGUCUCAUAUAUACCGAAAUAUUUAGUUUAGAUUUUCUAACGCCAUUGACUGAAAACGAUACGCAUUUUAAAUUAGAACCACAUGCCUCGCUUGAUUUAAUGCGCUAUACGGAGAUGGUGAAGAAUGCYAACGAUGUGAUCGGYUCCAAAGGGCUGGAUUUGCUGGGCAAUGUGUAUGCACCUCGCGGCAAUGUCCAGGUGCAUUUACCAUUCCUCGAAGUGACCGCAUUUAAUCCGCGUUCACGCAUCACGUUGACUUUCCGCAAACCCGAG